GCAGUCAGACUGGUCCUGAUGCGAGGAUGGAAAAAAAGUGGGACUUUUAAAAUGUUGCCUUGUAAGAAGAGAAGAACUACAGUGACAGAGUCCCCACAGCAUAAGGGCAACCAGGAAGAAGACCACAUAGACCUAGAAUCAGCUGUUAAACAAGAGUCUGACCAGGUUAAAGACUUGGGGUCAGUGUCACUAUCCUGGGGUCCAAGUCAUGGCAGAGUCGCAGACUUUGAAGUACAAUCUGUGCAGGAUGCAGGAAAUCAGCUUGGUAUGGAGGAUACAUCUUUGAACCCUAGGAUGCUCAUGCAGGACACAAAUGUACCAGUUCUAGAAGCUGUUGAUGUGGCCAUCUCUCAGGAACUCACCCUACCUUCCUUGGAGUCUUCCUACCCCCUUAAUAUACACAUUGGUAAAGGAAAACUCCAGGCCACUGGCUCAAGGAGAGGGAAGAAAAUUACACUCAGGCCUGGGCCAGUUACCCAAGAAGACAGAGGCGAUCAUCCUAUCAUAAAGGAGCCGUUUUCAGGAGAGCCUGUUGAAGAAGUCAAGGAAGAAGGAGGGAAACCUCAAAUGCAUACCGGAGGGGAGAUACCAUCACUGUUACCAGGGAGCCAAUCUUCAAAGCCAGGAACCCAGCCUAGGAAAUCAUCCCAGCCAGAUAUUUGUGCCUCUCCUCAAGAAAAGCCAGUCAGGACUCUGGCUCGCCAACCUGAGGAAGAGAUAGAGGACGGUGGACUCUUUAUUCCAAUGGAAGAGCAAGACAAUGAAGAAAGUGAGAAAAGAAGAAAAAAGAAAAAGGGUACUAAGAGGAAACGAGAUGGAAGGGGUCAAGAGAGGACCUUGGGUUAUGAUCUGAAACUGGAUGACAUGCUUGACCGUACCUUAGAGGAUGGUGCCAAGCAGCACAAUCUAACAGCAGUGAAUGUGCGAAACAUCCUUCAUGAAGUAAUCACAAAUGAACAUGUGGUAGCUAUGAUGAAAGCAGCCAUCAGUGAGACAGAAGACAUGCCAAUGUUUGAGCCUAAAAUGACACGCUCUAAACUGAAGGAAGUAGUGGAGAAAGGAGUGGUAAUUCCAACAUGGAAUAUUUCACCAAUUAAGAAGGCCAAUGAAAUUAAGCCUCCUCAGUUUGUGGAUAUCCAUCUUGAAGAAGAUGAUUCCUCAGAUGAAGAGUACCAGCCAGAUGAUGAAGAAGAAGAUGAGACUGCUGAAGAGAGCUUAUUGGAAAGCGAUGUUGAAAGUACUGCUUCAUCUCCACGUGGGGCAAAGAAAUCCAGAUUGAGGCAGUCUUCUGAGAUGACUGAAACAGAUGAGGAGAGUGGCAUAUUAUCAGAGGCUGAGAAAGUCACUACACCUGCCAUCAGGCACAUCAGUGCUGAGGUAGUACCCAUGGGGCCCCCACCUCCUCCAAAGCCAAAACAGACCAGGGAUAGUGCUUUCAUGGAGAAGUUGCAUGCAGUAGAUGAGGAGCUGGCUUCCAGUCCAGUCUGCAUGGAUUCCUUCCAGUCUAUGGAUGAUAGUCUCAUUGCAUUUCGAACACGUUCUAAGAUGCCCCUCAAAGAUGUUCCCCUGGGCCAACUAGAGGCAGAGCUCCGAGCUCCAGACAUCACUCCAGAUAUGUAUGAUCCCAGUACAGCAGAUGAUGAGGACUGGAAGAUGUGGCUAGGGGGACUCAUGAAUGAUGAUGUGGGGAAUGAAGAUGAAGCAGAUGAUGAUGAUGAUCCAGAAUAUAAUUUCCUGGAAGAUCUUGAUGAACCUGACACAGAGGAUUUCCGUACAGACCGGGCAGUGAGAAUCACCAAAAAGGAGGUGAAUGAGCUGAUGGAAGAGCUCUUUGAAACUUUCCAAGAUGAAAUGGGAUUCUCCAAUAUGGAAGAUGAUGGCCCAGAGGAGGAGGAACGUGUGGCUGAGUCUCGUCCUAACUUUAACACUCCUCAAGCCCUACGGUUUGAGGAACCACUGGCCAACUUGCUAAAUGAACAACAUCGGACAGUGAAGGAGCUAUUUGAACAGCUGAAAUUGAAGAAAUCUUCAGCCAAACAGCAACAGGAGGUAGAGAAGGUUAAGCCUCAGAGUGAGAAAGUUCAACAGACUCUAAUUCUAGAUGCAGCACAGAGGAAGAGAUUACAGCAGCAGAUGCAGCAGCAUGUUCAACUCUUGACGCAAAUCCACCUUCUCGCCACCUACAACCCCAAUCUCACUUCAGAGGCCAGUACCACCAGGAUAUUUCUUAAAGAGCUGGGAACCUUUGCUCAAAGCUCCAUUGCCCUUCACCAUCAGUUCAACCCCAAGUUUCAGACCUUAUUCCAGCCCUGUAACCUGAUUGGAGCUAUGCAGCUUAUUGAAGACUUCAAUACACAUGUCAGCAUUGACUGGAGUCCUCAUAAAACUGUCAAGAAGACUGCCAGUGAAUUUCCCUGUUUGCCAAAGCAAGUGGCUUGGAUCCUAGCCACAAGCAAGGUUUUCAUGUAUCCAGAGCUCCUUCCAGUGUGUUCCCUGAAGGCAAAGAAUCCCCAAGAUAAGAUCCUCUUUACCAAGGCUGAGGACAAUUUGUUAGCUUUAGGACUGAAGCAUUUUGAAGGGACUGAGUUUCCUAACCCUCUAAUCAGCAAGUACCUUCUAACCUGCAAGACUGCCCGCCAACUGACAGUGAGAAUCAAGAACCUCAACAUGAACAGAGCUCCUGACAACAUCAUUAAAUUUUAUAAGAAGACCAAACAGCUGCCAAUCUUAGUAAAGUGCUGUGAAGAGAUCCAGCCACAUCAGUGGAAGCCACCUAUAGAGAGGGAAGAACACCGGCUCCCAUUCUGGUUAAAGGCCAGUCUGCCAUCCAUCCAGGAUGAACUGCGGCACAUAGCUGAUGGUGCCAGAGAGGUUGGAAAUGUGACUGGAACCACUGAAAUCAACUCAGAUCGAGGCCUAGAAAAAGACAUCUCGGAAUUGCGGAGUGAAACUCGGUAUCCACUGCUGUUGCCUAAGGGUGUAGUCCUGAAACUGAAGCCAGUUGCCAACCGUUUUUCCAGGAAGGCUUGGAGACAGAAGCGAUCAUCAGUCCUGAAGCCCCUCCUCAUCCGACCCAGCCCCUCUCUCCAGCCUAGUUUCAACCCUUGGAAAUCACCAGCCAGGUCAACUCAGUCAGAAGCCCCUCCAAGCAAAAUGGUAGUCCGGAUUCCUCACCUGAUCCAACCAGCUACUGUCUUACAGACAGUUCCAGGUGUCCCUCCACUGGGGGUCAAUGAGGGUGAUAGUUUUGAGUCCCCUGCAGCACUGCCUGCUGUGCUCCCUGAGGCCAGGACAAGCUUCCCUCUGUCUGAGUCCCAGACCUUGCUCUCUUCUGCUCCUGUGCCCAAGGUAAUGCUGCCCUCCCUUGCCCGUUCUAAGUUUCGAAAGCCGUGUGUGAGACGGAGACCCUCAAAGAGAAAAGGGGCCAAGGCCUCUCCCUGUAUGAAACCUGCCCCCCUCAUCCACUCUGCACCUGUUAUCUUCACUGUUCCUGCCACCACUGUGAAGAUUGUGAGCCUUGGCAGUGGCUGUAACAUGAUCCAGCCUGUCAAUGCAGCUGUGGCCCAGAGUCUUCAGACUAUUCCCAUCACCACCCUCUUGGUUAACUCUACUUCCUUCCCCUGUCCUUUGAACCAGCCCCUUAUGGCCUCCUCCAUCUCACCCUUAAUUGUUUCUGGCAACUCUGUGAAUCUUCCUAUACCAUCCACCCCCGAAGAUAAGGCCCAAGUGAAUGUGGACAUUGCCUGUCCUUUGGCUGAAGGGAGAAAUACCUUUCAAGGCUUGGAACCCAAGUUAGAACCCCAGGAACUAUCUCCUCUCUGUGCUACUGUUUUCCCCAAAGAGGAGCAUAGCCCAGGGCCCCCACCAGCAGACAGAGUGUGCCAGGAAGGAUUAUCAGAGAACAGUGCCUAUCACUGGACUAUUGUGAAAACAGAGGAGGGAAAGCAAGCUCUGGAGCCACUGCCUCAGAGCUUCCAGGAAUCUCUAAACUCUCCCUCUGGGGAUUUAGAGGAAAUUGUCAAGAUGGAACCUGAAGAUGCUGGGGAGGAAAUCAGUGGAUCCCCUGAGCAGGGCAUUUGCGAUGAAAUCAAAGAAGAACACUCUAUGGAUUUGGACACUGGCUCCCCAAGUGGGGAGUUGAGCAGUGCUAGAGAGGUGAAGAAACCGACAGUUUUACAGAAGGAAGAGGAGAGGAGUCAGGCAGGUAAAACCCCUGCAGCUUCUCAAGAACCUCCUGAUGAAGGAAACUCAGGGGGAGAUGUGAGCAAAGGAUCACCAAAGAAUGCUUCGUCCUCCAUGGACUCUGAAGUGAUGCUUAGUCCCCCAGGGAAACCCGAAGACUCUUCCAGUGUUGAUGGUCAGUCAGUGGGGACCCCAGCUGGGCCAGAAGUUGGAGGAGAGAAGGAUGGGCCAGAUGAAGAGGAAGAAGAGGACUUUGAUGACCUCACCCAAGAUGAAGAAGAUGAGAUGUCAUCGGCUUCUGAAGAAUCUGUGCUUUCUGUCCCGGAACUCCAGGAAACAAUGGAGAAACUGACUUGGCUGGCAUCUGAAAGGCGCAUGAGUCAGGAGGGUGAGUCUGAAGAAGAGAAUUCCCAGGAGGAGAACUCUGAGCCGGAAGAGGAAGAGGAAGAGGAAACAGAAGGAAUGGAAAGCCUGCAGAAAGAGGAUGAAAUGACUGAUGAAGCAGUUGGAGACUCUGCUGAGAAGCCACCUUCUACCUCUGCCUCCCCCAAGACUGCUCCAGAAGUGGAGACCAGCAGAACUCCACCAGGAGAAAGCAUCAAAGCUGCUGGAAAGGGCCGGAGCAAUCAUCGAGCCCGCAAUAAGCGAGGAAGUCGGGCUCGGGCCAGUAAGGACACCUCCAAGCUGCUGUUGCUGUAUGAUGAGGACAUUCUCGAACGGGAUCCACUCAGGGAGCAGAAGGACUUGGCCUUUGCCCAGGCUUAUCUGACCAGGGUUCGAGAAGCCCUACAGCAUAUCCCUGGCAAGUAUGAGGACUUCCUUCAGGUCAUCUAUGAAUUUGAGUCAAGUACCCAGAGGCAAACAGCUGUGGAUCUCUAUAAAAGCCUGCAAAUUCUGCUCCAAGAUUGGCCUCAGCUCUUGAAGGAUUUUGCUGCUUUCCUAUUACCUGAGCAAGCUCUGGCAUGUGGAUUAUUUGAGGAGCAGCAAGCUUUUGAGAAGAGUCGCAAGUUCCUUCGGCAGCUGGAGAUUUGCUUUGCAGAGAACCCCUCACACCACCAGAAGAUCAUCAAGGUCCUCCAAGGCUGUGCAGACUGCCUUCCCCAGGAGGUCGCUGAGCUCAAGACACAGAUGUGGCAGCUCCUCAAGGGCCAUGACCACCUACAAGAUGAGUUCUCCAUCUUCUUUGACCAUCUGCGCCCAGCAGCUAGCCGGAUGGGUGACUUUGAAGAGAUCAAUUGGACUGAGGAGAAAGAGUAUGAGUUUGAUGGCUUUGAAGAAGUGGCACUGCCUGAUGUGGAAGAGGAAGACGAACCUCCCAAGAUACCCACAGCCUCAAAGAACAAAAGAAGAAAAGAGAUUGGGGUCCAAAAUCAUGAUAAGGAGACUGAGUGGCCAGAUGGGGCAAAGGACUGUGCUUGUUCCUGCCAUGAAGGAGGUCCUGAUUCUAAGCUGAAGAAGAACAAAAGGAGAAACUGUAGCCACUGUAAUAGCAAGGUCUAUGACAACAAAUCCUACAAGAGCAAGGAGCCCCAUGAGUUGGUGGGCAGCAGCCCCCACCGAGAGGCCAGUCCUAUGCCUGGUGCUAAGGAUGCUGGGCAGGGCAAGGACGUGAUGGAAGAGGAAACCCCAGAGGAGCGGGAGAACAUUGAGGCAACCCAGAGCAGGACUGGCAGGACCACCAGAAAGGGAGAGAUGCCUCUUCCAGGAUUGCCAGUGGGGAGUACUUUGCUGUCCCCUCAAGAAGUCCUUCUUACAGAACAGCUCCUUCUGGAUGGCCCACCACCUCGCUCACCAGAGACUCCUCAGUUUCCCUCCAAAUCUGGAGCUGUACCAUACACUAUUAGGAGAAACCAGGCUGGGCCUGACGUUCUCUCCUGCCCCAAGGCAUCCCUUAGACGCCAGAAAGAGAGGGAGGGCCAAAAGGCAGUGGGUGAGUCAGAGGCUUUGAUGCUGGUCUGGGAUGUAUCAAAAACUGAGAAAUUGCCUGGCACUGUUGAACCCUCUGCCUCCUUCUCGAGUCCUGUUUCCUCAAGAACCAGAGACUUAGAAAGACCUAUGUCUGGGAAACCAGAUACUCAAGAGAGCUGGCUGCCCUCAAGCAGAGCUGGGGUGAAGACAGCAGAUGGGAUGUCCCCUGUCCAUGAAUCUUCAUCAGGAAUUGACACUUCAGAAACUUCUCCCAAAGCCCCUAGAGGGGGUUUGGCCAAAGACAGUGGAAUACAGGGCAAGGGGCCAGAGGGGGAGCAGCAGCCAAAGACCACAGAAGCUACAUUCUGUGCCAACAACAGCAAGGUCAGCUCCACUGGGGAGAAGGUUGUCCUAUGGACAAGAGAAGCCGACCGUGUGAUUCUCACCAUGUGCCAGGAGCAAGGAGCACAGCCACAGACCUUCAGCGUCAUCUCCCAGCAGCUGGGAAAUAAGAGCCCUGCUGAGGUUUCCCACCGUUUUCGAGAACUCAUGCAGCUCUUCCACACUGCCUGUGAGGCCAGCUCUGAGGAUGAGGAUGAUGCAACCAGUACCAGCAAUACAGACCAGCUCUCUGACCAUGGAGACCUUUUGUCUGAGGAAGAGCUGGAUGAGUGAGACUCUGGGAAUGUUUGGGUGUCAUCUUCAUGGGACCAAACCCAACAGGCACCCGGACGUUGGAGGAGAGGGUAGUUGUACUUUGCUUGUACAAUCCUUGGGCUCAGUAUACAGAGCUGGAGAACAGGAACUCAGGACAAGGACAAAGUAAGGUUGGGGGGAGUGGGGCCCAGGGGGCUUGGCCAUCCUAUGCAUUGUUCAAGGUCUUUUAUGAAGACCGUACAAAUCUACAAGUCUACUUUGUAAAUAGCAUCACUGGACAGUGGGACUCAGAUUUCUCUACUUUUUUUUUUUUUUCUGGUCUGCUGGCACAUAUUUAUUAUUCUGUGAUCUAAUCAGUGUUUCUAAAUAUGAUAAAUGCAUAUGUGGGUGUAGCUAGUCCCGAGACACUGGGCUCCUGCAUCCAGCAGUUUAUUGCAAACUAGCUCCUCUCCCCAACUCUGGAACUUUAGUCUGUGAGGCCAUCACCGUCCUCGUAGCACUGGGCCAGGCUUCGUAGCUCCUGCAGCAGCUCCUCUAUGUCAUCCUGUUCCACUCCAGCAUCCAAGAAGCUGGCCCAACGUCGCAGGUCGAGUUUGGUGAGCUCUUUUGCCAAGGCUCCCAAGGUCCGGUGCAAGGAUGAAGAGGAGCACAGUGCCCCAAACACUGGGAUGCUUUCCACUGCUAUGACAGGAGAGAGAAGUGAGACUUGUAAAUGGAUUGUUAUUCUACCCUGGGACUCUAUCGUAUUGAUAGGGAAGUCUGGGCCCUGGGUAGACUUGAUUGUAAAGUAAACUCAAUAAAUUUUGUGUACUGUCCGCUUAGGAUAUCAAUACUCCAGAGGAAAAGCAUUUUUCUCAGGAGCCAUAGGGUGAAUAAAGGAAUGUUAACUGUGAA